AUGGCUGCUCCGCUAUUGGCCGCUAUACUGGAGAGUGUUGAUAUUGCGUCCUCAUCUUUAUCUACGAUACACCGUACCUGUCGUUUGGUCAACCUGCUGGUGACGUCGAAGAGGGAUGCUCACCUAGACGUGCUUGAAGUAGUUGCGUAUCACACUGCCAAGACGAGACGCGCAGCUCUCAGUCUUCUUCAUACUUUCUGGCCCAAGGCUCUUGGUCAUCCUGUUGUCAGCAAGCCACUGCCUUUAUUUAGUUACGCUCAAAAAUUAAUCGAGGGAGGCCAUGUAGUGUCUAAGUGUUUUUCUCACAACUCGUGUUUGGAUAAGGCCACUUCUCCAAAUCUUCAGCGUUGCCGCCACGCAGAUUUGGAUUCAAGUUAUAUCACCGUUGAUUUUUCGCUGGUGCGCCGUUCGUUUACUGACUACUACAGAGACAUCUGCAUGUCACCAGAAGAACUUAUCAAACGAACGUAUGAAGAAGUAUCCGUGUUUUAUACGGUUCUUUGGACUCAGCUUCAGUUAUUCAACCAUGGCGUGGCUCAUGGCACGAUUAUAAUCGAAAAUAAAGGAAGCGAUGAUCAUGAGGCGGUAGCAUUCGAGCUGCAGUAUUAUGUUGAACUCUACGAGCCUCAUCUCUUACCCGGAAAACUUCCAGUUUCCGCUAUUCUAGGAGAAUAUUUUGAAGAAAACGCUACCGCUCCAUCUUCCUACUUCCUGUUUGAUUGGUCUAACCUGACAUAUAUUGCUUCCAUCAUCAAGUCACCUUACGAACAGCACCAGCCCUCCUUCGAUGCUUCUCACGACCUUUUGAAUGUCGUACAAGCCGAAGGGCUUCAACAGGACGUACCUGAUAAUCCGCGACAUCCGUUCGAGGUUGUUGCCCUUGGACAUAUGCGUGAUUGCUUGGGCUACGAAUUCAAUCUAUUUUCCGACACCGCCGCACGCCUUUGCCUUUCACACCUGCACAGUCUGGGUUUUUUUACUCGCUCAGAUUCGAAGCCAAUUUUGUUUCACGGUCCUGUAAAAGAAGACAUUCAAUGCGAAUCUCCUCUCCCACUCGGCUUUGACUUGUCUACCGACGUGGAAACGCUCGUUUCUGCGAUUGAAGCCUGCCUUUCUGAUAUAGACUUGUCCGUCAAUGAGAUGGGCCUAUUGCUUCUUGUCCGCAAAUUUUGGCCAAAUGGCAUGGCUUCCGAAUAUGCGUGGCGCAGACUAAGUCAAACGGUACUGUUGUGGAUACUUCAGGAGGACGACAAUAUGGCCACUAUAGUUCGUGACUAUAUAUCGCAACAUCGACCUCUUCCAGGUAUCCGUUCUCCAGCUGAAACGCCUCCUUGGCCUGCUCCGAACUCUCAAAGAAGGGCACCUGCCACUUCUUUCAAUAAUGGUGGUGAUUACGUUGCUUCAAGACAAGCCCUUUUGGGCAGGUAUGUUGGUCAAUGGUUAUUGGCGCUUCACAACCAACGUAUUGAGGACUAUGCGAAAAUCAUAUUCUGCGCAAUCAAAGAAACUGCGAAGGGUUCCACGAUUGGUACCGCUCUUUUACCGGGGGAAUAUUCAAGUCUUCGCGAGAAGUCACUCCCUUCUUUGCAACGGCUUUUUAAUCGGGAAGCAGAAACGACGAGUCGUUUCAGUACCAUUAUCGAUGCAACAUUGACUUCUGCGGAUACAUCUAGUUUAUAUAGCAUUGAUCCGUGGCGUAUAGUUCACAAAACAGCGCUCGAGAGCCGGGAAGGUUUCUCUCGUAGCCUGAACUGGCUUCGUUUAUUUGCUAGGUCUGGCGUAGACAUAACCGUCCCCACUUUUGUUGAGUUUGCAUCUCGGGCAAGAGUGCAUGCGUCUUCUCUCGCAGAUUGUUCUAUCCUGGUGGAUGCCGCGUUCCUUUCAACCUGGCUACGAUCAAUGGGUCGCCAGGAGCUACAAUCGAUAUUUUCUCCUCUUCAUUCCUACCUGAGCCCUCCAAUUAUGCAGCAAAUGAAGUCUGGAAACGCUGAACUCGCCCAGGUGGACUUGCUUCGGAAAUCUCUGGCUACUUGUCUUCUACUGUAUGGAUGCGAGCGGAGUUUUCUCCGAUCCCUUGGUCUUGUCACAAAAGAUGAUAUAUCGUACCUUCCAUCCAGGAGAAAAACUAAUACCCGUGCCUCUAAAGCAUCAGAUCCUAUAAUAGUCGACAGUGCGUUCAUCAAUAUUUUGGGCGACUAUGUUGCCACUGGUAUAGACGAAGUUGCGGGUUUGGUUGCCAAGUUCUUGUAUGCUUUCAUAUCACAUGCGCCACUGGUGGAAUCCUACGAAGUCGAUAAUUUUAUACUUCGCAAUGGCAGUGUCUUAUGUUCGUGCAUUUGGCAAUUUUAUGAUAUCCAGAGUCAUGAACUAUCAAGCAUCCGGAUGGCCCUUCUACUACGCGUUUUGGUGGUUGAUACACAUCCUUUCCAAGCUAUUCUGAAUGAACAUUUCCAGUCGGGCGGAAAUUGGCGGUUGAGAUUCCUGGCCCUUAUGCGGAUAUUCCGCAUUAUCCUUGAUGUGACUAGUCCUGCCUUUCACGUUGAGGGUAGGCAAUGGAGGUCUAGCACACUGGAAAUAUAUUACCAUUAUUUCAAAGCCGGAUGGGCAGACGAACAGGAAGAAAUCAGGGUCGCAAUUGAUACGUGGUCUCAAACGCUACUCCCAGCGCACUUCGAAGCGAUCUCCUAUUGCUGGAACGAAGCCAUUGGCAUAGCGCCAAUCUCGGAGCGCGUCAGACUAGUGUCGUUCCUCAUACAGCUUCAUCCACACUUUCCAAGUUGGAAAGUCAUAUCGUGGGACGUCAUUAUCGAAACUCUUCUCGAGGAUGAAUACUUGCAGAAGAAUGGUGAUGACGAGGAUGGGCCUGCUGCUGCACAUCUAUCGAUGUAUGGCCUGUCCUCUGAAAAAGGCCAUCAACUUUCAGAUACAGAUCCAGAGAUAUCGCAGCUUCGCGUAUCUAUUGUGCUAUUAAGUUUAAAGAUGUUAGCAAGUGGUAUCGAGAUAGAUGUUUUCUCAUUACUUAAACUCAAACUUCACUUGGUCAAGAUCGUAGGGUUUGAGGACGUCGCUCUCGUACCAGCAACCAAUGGGCGUACAUUCCACAUCCAAUUCGGGGACCUCGAAGAUAUUCCUGAAGACGCAUACCCUUGCAUCGACGAAUUUCCGGCAAUCCUUGAUGCUCGUCAUGCCUUUGAUUUACCACCAUCUGCUAUGGCCAGUCCAUUUACAAGUGACGACAAUCCUUCACCUGGACUUAUUGGGACAGUUCUAGUAGAUGUUGUGCUGGCUACAUUUUGCUCUAUCUCGGAUCCCUUCCUGUUGCCAGUGCUUUCCAUGAAGAACUUAUUCGAGUCACUCAUGAUCAUCAUAUACAAACAUGAUUUCGAUAGCACGGCUCUGAAGCACCUGGAUUUUAUGUUACGCAAGGCCAUGCGUAAAACGCUCGAAUUCCUGCUGCUCGACCUAAGCUACGAAAUGCGCCAACUUGCCUUGUCUAUUGUCCAAGCAUACACAAAGAGAUUUUCAUUCAUAUCUGGGAGCUUAGUCAUUGAGUCUGUAGAGAAGGCUGUUGCACUGGUUGUAUCCUUAGACCACAACGGCGAAGACAUGCUUGUCUCUCAAGCAAGGGCAUACAUUGAGAAUACUCUCAACAUGCUAACAUCCAGCGGCAUCUUCUGCGGUUUAUGCAAGCGAAACCUCGAGCCAGAAUUUUUCACAGUCCUCAAGCACAUCGUCAGUGUGAAUGCGAAGGCUAAUUCGCAACCCUCCGAACGUCUGAGCGAGCGGUUGCUUCAGAGUGUAUUGUCACAGCCGCUGGACGCCAACUGGAGCAUUACACAGCUUGUGGUCGACAACGUUCAUUCAUAUGUCAAACUUGUGCAUCAUGAAGAUUAUGGGGAUUUAUUAACAUAUCACUCAGAUAUCGGUGGUUGGUUGACCACAGUGGCGCGUCGCAUGAGCUAUGAAACGCUACUAAGCAUUAUGAAUACCACGUCAGAUCUCUAUAGGGACCAUCAGAGUCGAUCCAUAAAUGCUGGAAACCAAGCGCAGGCUAAUGAAGUCGCACUAGCUAUGUUGGAUGUUCUGGAAGACAUCUUACGACUCAAGGCCAGGGUCUCGCCAUCAACCCUCACUGCCAUCGCCGAGACCAUUCUCUCAACAGAUGUUAACACUUACACAAGUGUCGAUCAGUCUUUCUUUGCCGUGCUCCGCAAUUUGGCAAGUUCUGGUCUCUACUUCCUACAAAACCACGUCUGGUCAAGUACGAUUUGUGACGAAGAACUAUCUGCUUCACUCGCUGUAGCAAAGAUCAUACUGCGCGCCGCAGAUUUUAGUCCUACCAAAUUUUCACGCAUAAAUACAAGUAUGCGGACAUGGAACGUCUUGACUCUAGCCGCACUGUCGGAUACAUCAGGGCAGCACGGAACCAUUCUCUUUCCACACUUUUCUGCCUUCACGCCUGCAUAUUAUGCCUCCUUGGGCACUUAUGUUCAUGCUAGAGCCCUACCUCCAGAAUCUGCUGUGGCCGAUAUUGAUCACGCGUAUCUUUCUAUAAAACUGUGGCUUCUCCUUGCCCAAACCAUGUCACUAAGUAACGAUAAAGUGGAUCCAGGGGCACUUUCUGUAGCUCAAGAUGACCGCGCAGACCUUGCUAUAAAAACAGUAUGGAACGAGCUCUGGCCCCCAUUCGAGAGCAUAGUGGAGAGUUGCAUACAGACAGAAAAUUCGCUGACUACCGUGGAUCAGCCCUUGGCGACCAUUGUGUGCUCAUCUGUAGCCAAUCUAUUUCUUUUGGUAUACCAGUUGCGCUGCGGGAUCUCGCUGGACGCAUUAUCCCAAGCUCCACUUUUGACACGUCUGCAAAGGCAGCAUAGAAAAAUAUCCGCGAUUAACAAGGUCAGUUUCAUUCCUAUGCCUUGCUUGCCAUCUCUCAUGCAAUUACAGUUGUCUCGCGCCAUGGGUGGAGAACCUCUCCCUGACAUACAGCUUGAUGUAUUGUUAGAUCAGGCCACGAAAGACCUCGCGAACGCAGAAAAACUGCGGAUAUUAGAUCGAGAAUCGCAGAGGCCGCCUCCAGACCGACAGCGUAGAGAUGUACGUAUUCCCACAUAG